GAAAGGAGGGGUGAUAUUAGGGGGCAUGUAUUGCUAAUUCAAGCCCAUGCUAACUGCGGGUUGUGAGAUGGCUUGGAUGAUUCCUCUAGCACACUGUGCUUCGUUUUAUGAAGGGAAUGUAAUUUAGAUCUUUUUUUAAAAAACUUUUGCUGUCGGGUUUAACCUAGAUUCAGACGUCUGCUCUGCUCCCGGGCGUGCUUUGCUUGCAAGUAGAUUGCCCCUGACUUCAGUGGGAAUCGCUUAAGAAUUCUAAGUGACAGCGUGUGCUUUUCCAGAGCAGCCUUCUGCCACGUAGCAGUUUUAGCAGGUGGCGUCUUCUCUGUUGCUUUAGCUGUAUGCUGGGACACGAUUUACACGACACAGGCGUUAAGGGAAUGAUGUUAAAGGACAUGCGAGUAGGGGAGAAGAGCAAUGACCUAAUCUAUGCUCCAGCCUUAAAGGGCAAAAGGGGGUCAGGGAGGAGAGUUGGGGAAGCCAGAAGGAGAGCUAUGCCUGGAGUUUUGAGGAGGCAGCCUGCAAACAGGAGCCUUGUGUCACAGUGCACUCAUCAUCAUGCCGUUGUGUUCCUGCUCACUUUCUUCAGCUACUCUCUGCUCCAUGCCUCCCGGAAGACGUUUAGCAAUGUCAAGGUCAGCAUCUCCAGCCAGUGGACCCCCUUUUGCCCUAAUGACACCGCCCUCAAUCUUCAGCCCUAUGAGCUCUGGAACAGUAGUCACUUAUUUCCUAAACCUGAAGAUGCCAUACUUUUCCUUGGGACAUUGGACACUAUCUUCCUGUUCUCUUAUGCUGUGGGUCUUUUUGUCAGCGGUAUUGUUGGGGAUCGCCUGAACAUGCGCUGGGUCCUGUCAUUUGGCAUGUGCUCUUCUGCACUAGUGGUGUUUGUCUUUGGCACUGUCACUGAAUGGCUACAUUUCUACAACAAGUGGUUCUAUUGCUGCCUGUGGAUUGUGAAUGGCUUGCUGCAAUCGACCGGCUGGCCCUGUGUUGUCGCCGUCAUGGGAAAUUGGUUUGGCAAAGCUGGGAGGGGACUUGUCUUUGGUCUCUGGAGCGCCUGUGCCUCAGUGGGCAACAUCCUCGGAGCAUUCCUUGCCUCUUCAGUUCUGCAGUAUGGCUACGAGUAUGCCUUCUUGGUGACAGCAUUGGUACAGUUUGCUGGAGGAGUCAUUGUCUUCUUUGGCCUUGUGAUUUCUCCCAAAGAAGUAGGCCUCUCUGAAGUUGGCGAAGAAGACAGCGGUGCUGCGGAAGAAGAUGCCAGUGAGCCGUUAAUUGGUAGCAAUGACAAUGAAGAUGAUGAUCAGAAUUACUCUAUUCAGGCUGCUGAUUUGAGUAGUAGUAGUAGCAACCCACCCCAGCCCAGGGCCAUUGGAUUUUUUCAGGCUUGUUGUCUACCCGGGGUUAUAUUGUAUUCCUUGGCCUACGCUUGCUUGAAGCUGGUGAACUACUCCUUCUUCUUCUGGCUGCCUUUCUACCUCAGCAACAACUUUGGAUGGAAGGAGGCAGAAGCCGACAAGCUCUCGAUUUGGUAUGAUGUCGGAGGGAUUGUCGGUGGCACCAUCCAAGGGUACAUCUCGGACAUGUUGCAAAAGAGAGCUCCGGUGCUAGCCGUUAGCCUCAUCUUGGCUAUUGCGUCUCUCUUGGGUUACAGCCGUUCGCCAAACAACAAGCCGAUCAAUGCGCUUCUCAUGGCAACCACAGGUUUUUUCAUUGGAGGCCCUUCCAAUAUGAUCAGUUCUGCCAUUUCCGCAGACCUGGGGCGUCAGGAGAUGGUGAAAGGAAGCAGUGAGGCUCUGGCGACAGUGACAGGAAUUGUGGAUGGCACUGGGAGCAUUGGGGCAGCUGUGGGUCAGUACCUGGUAUCUUUGAUUCAGGAGAAAUUGCAAUGGAUGUGGGUUUUCUAUUUCUUUGUUCUGAUGACCAGUUUAACAGUGCUCUUCAUCGUACCUUUAAUAGUGAAGGAAAUAAGCAUGCUCUUGGCAGACAGGCACUUGCGCAGAUUGGCUGGCUGACCACCUUCUCUGCACCAUGAAAUGGAACUCUUCAAGGAAAACCCCUAAGUGAACAGGGGUUUUCGGAACAUCAAGCAGUUCACGUUUACUUUAUUUACAUUCACCACUGAUGGUCACAAAAUAAUUUGCUACUGAGAAGUUGGUGUCUGAAUCCUCUAAUCCCAUCUGAAGACAUGCUUGCAGCCAUCUGCAACUUCGAGGUUCCUGUAUGGUUAUAGAGGGCUUAUGGAAUUGGCCAGAGAGAUUUCUUCCUCUUUUGGCUCCUAUUCCUGGAGCCAGUUUCUGCAGUCACCAGGAUCAAGUUGUAAAAACUUUUCUUUUUCUGAUCUACAACAUUUUGGGCUGCAGGUGGGUGAUCUCUAUCUUUAAUAUCCCCCCACAAAACAAAUCUCCUUGCAUAUCCAGGAGUGGAGUUCAAAUUUGUCAUCUUUCUAUUGUGCUACAUGUCUCAAUGGAGGAAAUUUUAUCCGUGGGGGUGAGGAUAAUUCAAAUGGGCAGACUCCCCCCCCCAUAGCCUGAAGUAGAAGAGUCCAGGACAUGGGUUACCACUUGAUGCUGAUAACUUUAUAAAUGGGCUCUCAUCAAUUGCUUGUAAAUUAAAUCUGGAUACUGAGAGCACCAGAUGUAUACAACUGACAGAGGUUUUUUUUGCUACUUUUUAGCAAAGGGGAAAAGCUUUUUCAUUACUUGAAAUUAAAAAUCAGCCGUGGCCCAGUCCAGUGCAGGGUUUUUGUUUUUUAAUUUGCAAAUGGGUUGUGCCAACCACUUGCCUCCUGGUUUCUACCUGGUCAUGUAUUUACAAAAUACAUAGCAGGGAACUUUGGAAGCAGCCCAGAUCCUUAGCCUGCUUAUGUAUAAAGAAUGGUUGUCGUGUUUCCAUUUGAUUUCUAAUGUUUGUCCUGUCUAGAUUGGCUGUGUUAAUUGAACCUGCCUGUGUCUUAACAGUGCAACAGUGCAGUUGCAUUCAUGCUUGAUUUAUUUUCUUAGUUUGCCUGAUGUGUGAGAAUGAAGCUGAGUCUCUGGAGAUGUACAAAGCCAAAUAUUUCAUGGAGGAGGACAAUAAUCAGAGUUUUUACCAGAGUUCUUAAAAUUAAAGUGGACAUGGUGUUAGGUUUUUGAAUGCUUGUAAGAAAAAUCAAAAGGGAAGGGAGCAAUGAUCUGAUAUUGUUCAUGCCUGGUCAGAUGGGGUAACUUUAAUAUUUACUUUGGUGACAACUUUGGUAUUCUCCAAGAGUGGGUCAUUAAGGAGUCAUCCAAGUGACAUCUUUCUUUCCCAUUUAAGAGAGCAUGGCCAAAUGAUCCUUUUGACCUGUAUCAAAGACAUUCUAAGGGCAGAAUGCUAGACAUUACAGAGUGCAGACCUGUUGCCAGAAAAAAUGCAGCGCCAUGUGUAGAGUUCUUUUCUCUUCUCCUCUUGUUCAGCUAAGUUGUGUCCUGGUGUCAUGCUGAGCACCUCUCUGCCUGAGCAACCAAUGCUGUGGAAUCAGAGUAGGGAGAUGCUCAAUUCAAUGCUGCUGGGACACAAGGCAAAUUGAUCUAGAUCAACAGAGAAAAGAAGAACUCAACUAUGGGGCUGCUGCUUGGGGUGUUUUUUGUUUUUUGCCCAAGAUCUAGGUCUGCCCUGUAUUCAGGAGAUGGGAUUAAUAAGUUGCUGUCUCCAAAUCUGCUCUCAUGUGCAUGGUGAUAUGCCUGCCUUGUUCCAGAUCAGCACCGGCUAUCCGCAUGCAAAAUCCAAUGUGUGUAGACUUGUUUCAAGCAAUCAGUUCCCAGAUUUUAUUUGGGAAAUCAGCGCACUGUUUGUGCCCAUGUGUAUUGGUGUUUUACAUUAUGUCCCUGUUGGGGCAUCUACAGACAAGGAGCACAAGUGUGUCCUCCAUACAUAUGGGGUAGAUCUGUGGACUAGUAUGGCUUGAUCCAGUCUAAUGUUUGCUACCUUACCUGUUCUUUUAUUGAAUUUGGUGGCAGAGAAAUGGGUUGUGCGUUCUCCAGUCCAGAUGCAGCAUAGAUUGCAAAGAACAAAGCUUAUUUAAAGUGGAUCUAGAAAUGCGCCAUGAAUUUGUUUGGAUCUCUGGGAUUGAUUGUCAAAUCCUCAGCCCACUUCAAAAACCCUGACACUGUGCCUGUUGAUUUGGAUGCCUCGUUUUCAAUGAAUUUUCAGCCCAGUUUGUUGCUGCUGCUGAGAGUAAAGGGGAAGGAACACUUAUUAGCUGUGAAUUUUGGGAAAAGGGAUUCUUUUCUUUUCCAAUAAUGCCUUUAUAAAUACUUAAUGUACAGUGAUAUCUGUUGGGUUUUUUUAAAAAAAGUUUUAUUUAUAAAUGUCAAUGUUGAAUCAUGUUAUGGCAACCUUGAGGGCCUCUCAUGUUGUGUGUCCUCUUCCUACGAUGUUUCUUGGUUCCACUGAUCUUUGGUAUGUGGCUGUUUAGUUCCUUUUAAAAGACUUUUUCCCCUCUCCCCUUUUAAAAAAAAUAUUUUCUCUUUGCAUUUAGUUUGGCCAUCCUAGCCGUCAAAGCACCUUUGCCAACUUGCUGACCACUGGAUGUUUUGGAAAAAUGUAUAUGAUCUGAAGAGAAACCAGAGUAUACCUCCAGAGGGUUUUGGAAUACAACUCUCACCCCCUCUAGCCAGCACGGUGCUGGCUGGCGUUGAUGGGAGUUGUAGUUGAAAACAUCUGGAGGGCAUCAGGUUGGGGAAGGCUGCAUCAGAGGUAUGAAGGCAUAGACUAGUUGAGCUAUUUUUCUCUUUUCUCCCUUGUUCCCUUCCCAACUCAGUUGUUCCAUCAGGUGUUCUGUGGUUUAUCCUGAAGACUUUUUGCUUUUGUUUUAUCGUUGGAAGUACUUUUCAGAAGACACUGACAUGGCCUCAUAUGAAAGCCACACGCUCUGAUGUUUUAGCCAAUGUGAUGUCCUCCAGAUCUGCUGUACUGCAGCUCUCAUUAUCCCUGUCCAUUGGCCAUGCUGGCUGCAGCUAAUGGAAGUUGGAGUCUGACAACUUCUGGAGGGCAUCAUGUUGGCAACCCCUGUUUUUUCAGCCUUGCCUAGAUAGCGCCCUUUCCCAAGUUGCAGGAUGUAUGCACAUAAUCAUUCAACCCCCCCCCCAAAUGAUAUUUAGUAGCUUGAUUGGGGAGCUCCACAAAGAAUUGGGUCUUUGAAGUUAUUCCAAUACUUGUUCAGCUCCCUGGUUUGCACACCAUCAGUGUGACUGAGUUGUGUGAGAACAUCGUCAGAAUCAAAGUUUGGGAUGGCAUGUUUUUGGCUUACUAGGGGUGAGGAUGGACAGCUUUUCCAACCUGUGGCGGGAGUGGUUUCAACACAAGCCCUCUUCAUCUCUCCCUUACAUACCAUCACCAUUGUGUGAUGGAGGAAUAGGGGUGUGAUCUGCUCCUUGGCCCUGCUCCCCCACCAGUGCAUCAUAGUUGCCACUCCCACAGCCUUAGCACAUGUUGAAGGCUGAGCAUCUGUAUCAGGAAGCCUGAUCUACUCAUGUUGCCUCCUUGUGCAUGGAGGACAAUGGGGUGGGCAGAGGCAGAGCUAGCGCACUCAUCCCUGCUCUCCCCUUUGUUGCCUGAUAGGUAUGAGUGCUUGAUUAGGGCUACAGAGUGGAUGUAUACCAAGGCAAUGUGUGUUCAAGCCACUUCUUCCAGGCUGAGAAUACCUGUCCCAUUCAGCCCAUGUAGCUGUAAGCUUCAGCACAAAUGGUUUGGCUUGACACUGCAUUAGACUGUUUGCAAGGUGGUCCUUUCAAAGGCUGACACUUGCAAGCUGUUCUGGUGGGUGCUUCGAAACACAUGCUCUGCACUUGAUUAACUGACAACCAGUUAGACACUUAGCUCUACCCUCAUAUAUUUCUGUAAAUUAUGUUCUGCUCCACUCUGUGUAGAUGGGGUAAAUGCUGUCAACUUUCCAAAUUGGUUUCACAUAAAUAAAUUAUUUUUGGCAAAUUGAAAAAAUCUGUUUGUUUUUAUGCCAUUUAGCUUACACUGCAUUAUGCAAUCAUUUCAGAUGGCAUUGUUGUGACAAGAUGUGAUGAAGAUCAAUCAAUCAGAACUUUAUUGUAUAUAGCCAAAGGCCUUAACAAUGUAUACAAAGUAUUGCUUAAAAGACCCUUCUUACUCAAAGCUCUUAUUGAAAUGAAACAUCCGUUAAAAGGCUAAACACUUGGGCCUUAAAGAUAAAAUUUUAUAAUACCGCAUAAUUCUUAAUAGGGAGAGCCCUCAACUUCUUAGCUGCCAAUGCAAACUGGGCUACCGAAUAUGUGAUAUAUAAAUAUUUGUCAGCUAAAAGUUCCACUACCAUUUCUUGUGGCGUUUGAUCAGAGAACAUCUGAAUAAUAUCUGACAGGAAUUUUUUCCUGGGAUCCACAUACAAAGGACAGUACAGCAGGUAAUGGAUUAUAUCUUGAAUCUGAUUACACCCAUAAAUGCAGUUCCGUUCUGUGACUAUGUGAUGAAGAUUGUAAAGCACUGCAUGUAUAAAAGAGCUACAAAUGA